AUGAAAUCGACCAAUAAGCAGGUGAAAGGCAAAGGCAUCUGCUCCAGAAAUAAGGCUGGCGUCCUAACCGAUUACCCGUUCUAUCGCUUCACCGCAUGGAGGGAAGGGCUUCGGUUGGUACAAAAAGCGGUUUCCCAACUACGGCAAAAGCGUGACAAUUUCGGGGAAACGGUGUUCGCUGUACAAGAGCAACUAGCUCAAAUCGACGAAUUCGCGCGUAACGGCAAGUGGAG